AUGGAAGUUCCCCUUCCUCCUACUUGGAAACCGUUAAACAUUGAUAGAUAUGACGGAACCACUGACCCUAAUGAGCACAUUAACGCAUAUGUUACUCAAAUCAACCUUUACACGAAUGAUGACACCAUCAUGUGCCGCGUAUUUCCAACAUCACUCAAGGGAGCAACCCUUAGUUGGUACACACAAUUACCACCCAGAUCGGUAGACAGUUUUAAUACUCUGGUCCAUUUUUUCUCUGACCAGUACGCCACUAGCAGGCCUCAUCAUAUCACCUCUACAGCGUUAUCUAACUUGCUACAACAAGAUGAUGAAUCUCUCAGGCAUUUUAUGGAACAUUUUGCCAACGUCUCCAUCAAAAUCCGAAAUCUUAAUCCAGAGGUCGCCCUCCAUUCCAUGUUGAUGGCACUCAAACCUAGACCCUUUGUUGACAGCCUGUGUCGACACCAGCCCGCAAGCAUGGACGAACUGAGGGCACGCGCCGCCGGAUACAUACAAAUGGAAGAACAAGCUGAAUUCUGUAACACUAUCCGAGAUGGCCUCACUAUCAAGGCAGAAUCCAGUAACAGGGAGAAGCAAAAGAAUCAUUUCGAUCAAAGAUCCAAAAGACCUUGUCAAGCACGAGGCCCCAGGUAUGAUUUUUAUACACCCCUUAAUGCUCCUCGAGUCAAUAUUUUGGAGGAAGCUAACCAUGCAGAUCUAAUCUCCUUGCCCCCUCCGGCCUACAACUCGGCCAAUGCCGACAAGAGCAAACAUUGUCGAUAUCACAGAAAUCACGGGCACACAACGGAGGAAUGUUGGAGCCUCAAGGACAAAAUUGAAGAACUGAUUCAGGCUGGUCACCUUGGACAAUACAUCCAACGAGGUCAAGCUUCCCACGGACGCGGUAGAGGACGAGGUCGAUAUUCAAACCGAUAUCAAGGACGAUACCAAGGUCACCAAGGCCGAUCUGAGCAAGGCAACUAUCAACAAGCACCUACGCGUGAAGAAAACAAACCUAGUGCAAACAAUGCCGAUCCACAGCACGGAGAUAAACCCUCUGCCGAGAAUAACUUGCGUGGGAUCAUCAAUACCAUUGCGGGGGGUUUCGUUGGAGGAGGAAGUUCUAACUCUGCCAGAAAGCGACAUUUACGCAAUGUUCACAACAUCAAUGAUUACCACAACUCGGAUUCAAAAAUGAUCCCAUCAAAUCCUCCCAUCGUUUUCACCGAUGACCAUUAUGAAGGCAUAAGCCUCAACCAAGAUGAUCCCAUGGUCAUCUCGGUCGAGGUGGCUAACUGGGAGGUUCAGAAAUCACUAAUUGACCAAGGAAGCUCUGCCGAUGUGCUCUAUUGGCCCACUUUCUUGAAGCUUGACAUCCCCCAUAACAUGAUCCAACCAUAUUCUGAACCCAACCUCUUGUUGGGUUCGCAGUUAGGAGCGAUCGUGUCAACACCCCAUUUGACUAUGAAAUUCUCGGGUACAGACGGGCAUAUAAUAACUGUCAGAGCUAAUCAGCAAGUAGCAAGACGAUGUUAUGCCGAGAGCCUGAAGAUUGCAUCUUCCAAUCUUCAACCUGAGAAAUCAACCUCUACUAUCGUCGCCCAUCUCGGUACAAAGGAAACGGCUGACCUGGAUCCCCGAGUUGACAUGCAUGAUCGUCGACCUGAUCCCAUUGACGAACUAAUUGAGUUCCAAAUUGGCAAGAAACCAAACCAGUGCACCAGAAUCGGAAAGCACGUUGAAACUCAUGUACAAGGUAAAAUCAUGUCAAUACUUAUUGGAAACGCUGAUCUUUUUGCUUGGAACAGUGCAGAUAUGCCUGGGAUAGAUCCAAAUUUUAUUUGCCACAGAUUAGCUAUCCACAGGGAAGCAAAGCCUGUAUCUCAGAAGCAAAGAAAGAUCGGAGGUGAGAGAAGAUAA